AUGUCGUCUGAAGACCAAUACGAGACCCUCGAAAAGAUUGGCCAUGGCUCCUUUGGCAUCAUUCGCAAGGUCCGUCGCAAGACGGAUGGCUUCAUUAUGUGCCGCAAGGAGAUCUCGUACCUUCGAAUGUCCCAAAAAGAACGAGAGCAACUGCAUGCCGAGUUCCAGAUUCUGUCCCACCUCCGACAUUCGAACAUCGUCGCUUACUACCACCGAGAGCAUCUCAAGGCCAGCCAGGACCUGCACCUGUACAUGGAAUACUGUGGUAAUGGAGAUCUCGGGCGGGUCAUCAAAGAUCUUCAAUUAAGGGGACAGCGGGCUCAAGAGAGCUUCGUGUGGAGUAUCUUUAGCCAAUUGGUUCUUGCCCUGUACCGCUGUCACUAUGGCAUUGACCCUCCGGAGGUCGGCACCAAUAUUCUUGGUCUUACGCAAGGGGUGGCAUCUGCGCCAAAGACUCCUGCCGGAGCUAUGACUAUCCUCCACCGAGAUCUCAAGCCCGAGAAUGUUUUUCUGGGAGAAGAUAACUCGGUCAAGCUUGGAGAUUUUGGUCUUUCAAAGAUGAUCAAGUCCCAGGAUUUUGCGUCCACCUAUGUCGGAACACCCUUUUACAUGUCCCCCGAAAUUUGCGCGGCCGAGAAAUAUACCCUUAAAUCGGACAUUUGGGCGCUGGGCUGCAUCAUCUACGAGCUCUGCGCCAAGGAGCCUCCCUUCAACGCCAAGACACACUAUCAGUUGGUCCAGAAGAUUAAGGAAGGCAAGGUGGCACCGCUGCCGGAAAUUUACUCCCCGGAGCUAAAUCGGGUCAUUCGAGACUGUCUCAAGGUGAACCCGGACCGUCGGCCGGACACGGUUCAGCUGUUGAACCUGCCCGUGGUACGACUGAUGAGAAAGGAAAAAGAAAUAGUCGACUUCAACAAAUCGCUCAGCUCCCGAGAAGAGAUGGUUCGCCAAAAAGAGCGAGAACUGAACGAGCGCUUGGUCGCAUUCGAAAGGGAGAAGCAGCAGAUCCGCGAUGAUGCUGACGCUUCGCUUCGUCUUGAGUGGGAGGUGAAGGCACGCUUAGAGAUUGAUCGCCUGGUUAAUGUAGAGCUGGAAAACCUGCAAAAGAAGUUUGAAGAGGAGGUGAAAGCUCGGGUCGAGGCCGAAUUGGCAAAGAAGACCGUGUCCUUUACUGAAAAGGAAGAUCAGAAGCACAUUGAUGACUAUGCUUCAUCUAUCAACAAGUCAGAUUAUCCGCAUUCCUCUAUCGGGCCGAGCGGAGACGAGUAUCAUUCGACGACAGACCUCAGCGAAUACUCGAUGUACACACCCGACAGUUCGAAGGAGAAGGAUAUUAAAAAGUCGGCCCGAACACCAUUUGCGCGAGCUCAGACCAUGUUUGCUGGGCCAGCAGGAACGCCCAUGGACAUUGAGAUGGCAUCGCCAAGCCCAAUUGCCAUUGCUUCACUGUCACUCUCACCUCGCCGCAACGGUGCUACCAAGCCUCCGACUACCAAGCCAGGCAACAUCUUUGCGGCUGCGGCAGCCAAAGACGCAGGAGGUGUAGACCUGCGAUGGGAACUUCAUCGCGAGCCCAUUUUGGUCGAUUCAGAUGACGAGGACAUCUGUCCCUCGCCUACGAGGCACAUCAAGUCGUCCAAGAACCCUUUCAAGACGCGACCGGUUCUGACCUCGCAAAAAUCGUGCCCCGUCAACCGCGUCAAGGCACCCCUGUGCACCAAUGCGAAAGCCGCAGCCUCUCAGCCAGAUCUCGCUCCCCGCUCUCCGAGCCGGAGUCCAACCAAGAUUCCUGUCGCCAACACUGGUGAGGCACCUGCUGGGCCUGGGCUCCGCGAGGGACUGUCACGCGCCCGCUCGGUGAAGAAGGAGAUGCCUGCUGCGACCAACAAUGGAGGCGACGCGCUGGGCAAAGUCGUCGCUAAGAAUAACCUCCGCGGUCGAAGUCUCGUCGAGCUGCAGCAAGCACGAGCAGGGGGGCGACCACUGAGUGCGGCAGGCAAUAUAGCGCCUGGUUCUGAGAAUGUGAGCCCCAAGAGGGCUGCCGCUUUCCGCGAACGCAUGGCUGCCGAGCGCCGCGAGUAUGAAGAGGCCGUCGCCGUCUGGGAUCCCGAGAGAGACGAAAUGCCAAGUCCGUUCCUCGACCGCCGCAGAAACAUCAAGGCCUAA